UUUGGGAAUAGAAAUGGAGUAAUCGAGACAGAAGUGUUGCAUUUGCUUCGUCCUUCAGAAAAACUUAAGGAGCUUCGCCUCAAGUGCUAUUAUGGUGUGAGGUUGGUGGAAUGGAUAGGAGAUUCUUCAUUCAAUAAAUUACUAUCUUUAUGUCUUGAAUAUUGUCCAAAUUGCACAUCAUUGCCAUCAAUUGGGCAAUUGCCAUUGUUGAAAAAAUUAUGCAUCAAGGGAUUGGACAAUGUAACUAGUGUGGGGGCUGAGUUAUUUGGAAAGAAUGCAUCAAAUGCAUUUCCUUCAUUGGAGACUUUAGAAUUUGAAAACAUGCCUAAAUGGGAGAAUUGGAACUUUCGUGAAGUUAAUGAGGAAGCUAAGAAGUUUUCUAAUCUUCGUGAGCUUCGUAUUGUGAAUUGUCCGGAACUGUUGGGGAGUAUACCAGAAAAUCUCCUUUCGUUGGAGAAACUUGUGAUUUGUGAUUGUGAGAAAUUGGUGAUUUCAAUUCAAAACCUUCCAAUGCUUUCAGAAUUGAAUGUUCAAGGGUGCCAGGAGGUAGUGUAUAAAGGUUUUGUAGACGGCAGCUCAUUAAAAAGGGUAUGUUUUUCAGGAAUUCCCAAAGUUUACUUGUGCAGCAGAAUGGGUUGA